CAACAAGAACAACCACAACGAGAGUCCUGAACUCAGCCGCAAAAACAAAAACAAAAACAAAAAGAAAUACUUUCCCACAGGAAGCUAAACUAACCGGAAAUAAAAUAAAAAGGAAAUAGGAAAAAGCAAAAAAAAAGAAUUCAACUUCAACAGAAAAUCAACAUCGAAAUGGAAUUGGCCAUCAGAAUUGUCAAUCCGCAGUUAGCUCGCUACAAAAACAACUACAACAGCAAUACCAGCAAUAGCAAAAAACUAAUCACCGAUAGUAGCUGCAACUGCAACAUUCAGUGCAACGACGACAACAGCAACAGCAACAGCAACAACAACAACAACAGCAACAGCAACAGCAACAACAACAACAACUGCAACAACAACCCAGACAUCAACAGUGACAACUAUAUAACAACUAUUACAACAGCAGCUAGAACAACCACAGACAACAACCAAUUGUCAGCAGCAACAACAGCAGAAAUAAUUGCAGCACCAGCAGCAGCAGCAGCAACUUGCAACCACUUUGCAGCAACAACAGCGCGACAUGCAGCAGCAGCAACAACCGUCCAUCGAUCAGCUGCCCGAGCCCACAGCUUCGACCAGCAAUACGGCAACAACUAAGCCAACAACUGCAGCAGCAGCAACCACAUCCACAUCCACAACGACAACGACAACGUCCGGCAGCAACUUCCACCAGCAACUGCAAGCAACAACGGCAGCCACCAUGCAACGCCUGCGAACAACCUUCACGCGAUCUCGCACUCCUACAGGUGCCGAGAUGAAGAUGCAGAACAGCCUGGAGGUGCCCAAGCAGGUGCGCUCAGCCUCCUUCGACGAGAUGCAACUGGAGUCGCAGCGUGCCAGCUCUAGUCUGCUCAAACAGCAGUCCUCAUCCUCGGCCUCGGCAGAUGAACGCUCCUCGGAGGCUGGCUUCUUGCAGGUUCCAUUGGCGGCCCAUCAGCAGAGAUCCCAUAGCUUUGACUCGGCCACUGCCUCGGCGGGCAGCGAUGAUUCGGGCACGUUUCUGGAGGUGCCCAGGCGGCUAAAGGCUCGACGCAGUUCGUCCACCAAGACACCGCCGCCCUGCAUCCAUUGUCACUAUCUGGAGGAGUACGAGCGCCGGAUGACCGCCGAGCAGCGUUACUUUAUCGAUCAUCGCGAGCUGACGGCAUUGAGCUAUAGCAAUACCAGUUCGGAGGCGAGUGAGGAUGAGGACGAAGUGGAGGGCAAUAACGCAGAGGAAGAGGAGGAGGGCAGUGCUGCCAUAGAGGAUGCCGAGGAGGAGACCACUGAGGCGGCUACCGAGGAGGCGGAUGAAGAUCCCCGCACCGAGGUGGAGUCCGAGCACGAUCACGAUCCGGACGAUGAUGCUGCCUUAGAGAUGGACAUUCGCAUUGGCAACAUGAGCCAAGGCAGCAGCAUCGAGGAGUCGCGCGCCCGUCUACCGCGACAAAUGCGUCGCCACACCAUCGGUAGCAGCUCGGUCACCUCGGCCUCCGAGGAUGAGGGCUUGGAGGGUUCGGACAAUGGUUCGCCGCAUUUCGGCAACACCUUGUUGCCGCCACAGCCGGCAACGCCUUGUGGCAUCACCUUCACGCUGAGUCCCACCAAUGGCGAUUAUCCAUCACCGCCGCAUCUACCCUUGGAUCCCGGUUCGCCGCCCAUCUCGCCCUGCUCCUCCCAUUCGGGAAGAUUGCCAGCACUGGCCCCGACAAUUACCACGCCCUGCUCUUCUGCGGAUGCCGAUGAUGCUGGGGCAGCUAUGGGCUUGCCAGUGCGUGCAAGACGUCGCUCGAUUUCGCGACAGGAGGCGAUAUUCGUGGAGCCCACUGGGAACUCACUGGAGAACGUUUCCCACGAGGAGGUGGACAACAGCAACACCAAGUCAUCGGUGGACACGGCCGAUUCACUGGACGAGGCAUCGACUAUGGCUACGUGUGGCUCGCCCGGUGGCGCCGGUAGCAGUGGUGCCUCCUCCAGUCAUCAUAACGCCUUUGUGGUGCGCGAUAUUUACCUAAUGGUGCCGGAUUUGAAGCGAGAUCGCGCCGCCUCCGUGGAUUCGUGCUUCUCCAAGCUGUCGUCGAACGCCAAAACGGAGGAGUUGCAACCAAGUGCCGAUGGCUGCUUCCUCACCGUGCCGAAUAUAAAUGCAACCCGAUCGCGAUCCGUGGACAUCGUGCUACCAACCGACGAGCAGGCCAGAUACAAGGCUUUGUCCAUGACCGGAUCCACUGUCACCUACGCAGACGGGCGUACCGCUUCGGCCAGCAACUCCCGGAGACCGAUACGGAUUGUGCCCGACUGGACGGAGAAUGCCGUGCAGGGCGAGCACUACUGGAAGCCCACCUCCGCCUCCGGCGAUCUGUGCUGCCUGAAUGAGGAGUGCAUUAAAAGCGGACAGCGGAUGAAGUGCUCCGCCUGCCAACUGGUUGCGCACCACAACUGCAUUCCGUUCGUGAACGAGAAGAGCACCCUGGCCUGCAAACCCACCUACCGGGAUGUGGGCAUCCGGCAGUACCGGGAGCAGACCACCACCCACCACCACUGGGUGCACCGCAAGCUGGAGAAGGGCAAGUGCAAGCAGUGCGGCAAGUUCUUUCCUAUGAAGCAGGCGGUGCAAAGCAAGCUAUUUGGGUCGAAGGAGAUUGUGGCUUUGGCCUGUGCGUGGUGCCACGAGAUCUACCACAACAAGGAGGCCUGUUUUAACCAGGCCAAAAUCGGCGAGGAAUGUCGUCUGGGCAACUAUGCGCCCAUCAUUGUGCCGCCGUCGUGGAUUGUGAAGCUGCCGACCAAGGGCAACUUCAAGUCGUCGAUACGCGUGAGCAACAAGAACAAUGCCGCAUCGGGAUCAGGAGGUGGUGGUGCUGGUGGUGGCGGUGGUGGUGCCGGAGGCGGUGGAGGUGGAGGUGGUGGCAAGAGCAAGAAGCAGACACAGCGGCGGCAGAAGGGCAAGGAGGAGAAGAAGGAGCCGCGAGCGUUCAUUGUGAAGCCCAUUCCAUCGCCGGAGGUAAUCCCGGUCAUUGUGUUUAUUAAUCCCAAAUCGGGCGGCAAUCAGGGCCACAAGCUGCUGGGAAAGUUCCAGCAUCUGCUCAAUCCGCGCCAGGUCUUCGAUCUUACGCAGGGUGGCCCCAAAAUGGGCCUGGACAUGUUCCGUAAGGCACCCAAUCUGCGGGUCCUGGCGUGCGGAGGCGACGGCACCGUCGGCUGGGUCCUAUCCGUCCUGGAUCAAAUCCAACCGCCGCUCCAGCCAGCUCCGGCUGUCGGUGUCCUGCCCCUGGGCACCGGAAAUGAUCUCGCUCGCGCCCUCGGAUGGGGAGGGUCUAUUUUCUUUCAGGGCUACACGGACGAACCGAUUGGGAAGAUAUUGCGCGAAAUUGGGAUGUCGCAGUGCGUGCUAAUGGAUCGCUGGCGGGUGAAGGUCACGCCCAACGAUGACGUCACCGAUGAUCAUGUCGAUCGCAGCAAGCCCAAUGUACCACUGAACGUCAUCAACAACUAUUUCUCCUUCGGCGUGGACGCGCACAUCGCUCUGGAGUUCCACGAGGCACGCGAAGCGCAUCCGGAGCGCUUCAAUUCGCGCCUGCGCAACAAGAUGUACUACGGCCAGAUGGGCGGCAAGGAUCUGAUCCUGCGCCAGUACCGCAACCUCUCCCAAUGGGUGACGCUCGAGUGCGAUGGCCAGGACUUUACCGGUAAACUGCGCGACGCCGGCUGCCAUGCCGUGCUCUUCCUUAACAUUCCCAGCUAUGGCGGUGGCACCCAUCCGUGGAACGACUCCUUUGGCGCCUCCAAGCCAUCGAUCGAUGACGGACUGAUGGAGGUGGUCGGGCUGACCACCUACCAGCUGCCCAUGCUGCAGGCUGGCAUGCAUGGCACCUGCAUUUGCCAGUGCCGCAAGGCUAGGAUCAUCACCAAGAGGACCAUUCCCAUGCAGGUGGAUGGAGAGGCAUGUCGCGUUAAGCCAUCGGUCAUCGAGAUCGAGCUGCUCAACAAGGCACUGAUGCUGUCCAAAAGGAAGCACGGACGCGGCGAUGUUCAAGUGAAUCCGCUGGAGAAGAUGCAGCUGCACAUCUUGCGCGUGACCAUGCAACAGUACGAGCAGUACCACUAUGACAAGGAGAUGCUCCGCAAGUUGGCCAAUAAGCUGGGCCAAAUCGAAAUCGAAUCUCAGUGCGAUCUGGAGCAUGUGCGCAACAUGCUCAACACCAAGUUCGAGGAAUCCAUCUCCUAUCCAAAGGUCUCGCAGGAUUGGUGCUUCAUCGACUCCUGUACCGCUGAGCACUACUUCCGGAUCGAUCGUGCCCAGGAGCAUCUGCACUACAUCUGCGACAUCGCCAUCGAUGAGCUGUACAUCCUGGACCACGAGGCGGCCACCAUGCCGCAGACGCCCGACCAGGAGCGCUCCUUUGCGGCCUUCUCGCAGCGGCAGGCACAGAACGAGAGGCGGCAAAUGGAUCAGGCCCAGGGCCGCGGCCCGGGCAGCACCGAUGAGGAUUUGCAAAUUGGCUCCAAGCCCAUAAAAGUGAUGAAGUGGAAGAGCCCUAUACUGGAGCAAACUUCCGAUGCCAUACUACUAGCAGCCCAGAGCGGCGAUCUCAAUAUGUUACGUGCACUACAUGAACAAGGAUACUCACUACAGUCAGUGAACAAGAACGGACAGACGGCGUUGCACUUCGCCUGCAAAUACAACCACAGGGACAUUGUCAAAUAUAUCAUCGCGAGCGCCACACGACGCCUCAUCAACAUGGCCGACAAGGAGCUUGGACAGACGGCGCUGCACAUUGCCGCCGAGCAGAAUCGCCGCGACAUCUGCGUGAUGCUGGUUGCCGCCGGCGCCCAUUUGGACACCCUAGACUCUGGCGGAAAUACGCCCAUGAUGGUGGCCUUCAACAAGAACGCCAACGAGAUAGCCACCUAUUUGGAAAGUAAGCAGGGGACACAGCCCGUCGACGGCUGGCUCGACGACUAGACGAGAAUCGAUCCGACCAUCAGAAUCGCCGCCAGAAAGUAGAGCACCCCCCUCCAAGUAGAGCAAUCGCUAGACCAGCUUACAGCAUCAGACAUUUAAAUGAAAAAAAAAAAAAAACGAUAAUCACAGUACCAGAAUAUCAGUAAAUCAGUAAAUCAGUAAUCGCAAAAACAAGAACGUAAUUUUAACAUUGCAAAUUUCUCCUUUCUAUGCCAACCAAACAAAACGAAAAAACAAAACUACUACUACUACAACUACUACUACCAAAAUGGUACUACUACCAAAUGGAUAACUACCAAAAUGGAUAAUGUCUUGUAAAUAACCGAAUCGAACGAAAUCAAAUUCGUUUCAAAUCGAAAUCAAAUGAACAUUCCACAAAACUCAAACGCGAUGCCGCUUAGGUCAAGAGCGUUUUAUGCAUCUGGAGAAGCAGACCCGGAUCUAAGUGGAGCAUCCAGCGGAAGCAUUCACCCUACGAAAUAAUAUUAAUGCAUAAUGAUAAUGGCUUUUUUUUUUGGCAACCAAUUUUUUUUUUUGUGUUAGCAUGUACGAGAGAAAAAUCUAAUUUAAAACUAAGCAAAGAAAAUACAUACACAGGCAGGCAGCAAAACACUCAACACAUUUAGCGCGUAAGUUGGAGGGAUCAGAAUAGAAGGGUAUGGAAUACAUUAAUUUAUUGUAAUGAAAAGCUAGCAAAACGAUAGGCAACAUUUGUCCGAAAUUUCAAUUUUUAAUUACCUUUCGAUGGAACGAACAAAAAAGAAAAUAUAUACAUAUAUAUUUAAUGCAGCGAAUGCAAACGGAAAUUCGAAAUUCAUUUGUUUCUCUUACCGAUUGAUUAACGAUAAAUGAUUAUAUUGUGAUAUCUAAAUUAAUUAACGUAUUGGACUAGAGAGCGAGAACGAGAACGAGAGCAAAUAGAAAUUGAGAUUAGCAAAGGGCAUUUGCUGAAAUACAAACUGAAGCAAAAACGUUAAAAAAAAGGACAAAAAAAAACCAACAAGCAAAAACACACACACACACAGAGACACACUAAGCAAAUAUGUAGUCUAUAUAUUAUAUAUAUUUCAUUAAAUGUACUUCUUUUGGAAUUCAAACUAGGCUAAGUGAAAACUUGAAUACUCUUGUCUAAAGAAAAACAAUGAAUGAAAACGGCAGAGCAGCAGCACGAUUAGAAGAGAGACGCACUAGACCCUAAGCGGCUAUAGCUCUCUCGCUCAGACAGAGGCACACACACACACACACAUACACGCAGACACACACACACACACACUCAGUCCCGAUGCACAGACUAGAAUGCACAACCCCCCAUAGAUAUACCACCCACUUGACCUUCACCCCAAAGCAAACAAACCCUCAGCGUUUCAAACCGAAAGACUUGGGCCGAUCAAUGGCGUCCACCCCCCAAAAAAACAAGGUAACCUGCCCCGGAAAAAAAGGAAAAAACAAAAAACAAUAGAUUUUAAGACGGGGCAAGGCAGCCACAAAGACUAUCUUAACUAUCCUAUAUACUAUAUUCCAAACUCUGUAACUUUAAACUUUCAACCCUUGUAACACAAAGCAACAAUGGAACAAUGAACACGAGCACUUGUGGCGUACGUAAUACGAAACACACCUAGUGUAAGCGCAUGCAUAUAUUUUAUCAGAUAAAGAGUAACUAUGGAAUAAUGGAAUACCACAAUAUUAUAUAGCCGUUAAUCAAACCAUAUAUGUAUGCUAUGUACAGUAGAGGGAUAUUCUAUUUUUUCUAUUCAUUUAUCUAUUUUUUUUUUUUUUUUUGCUUAGAUUCCAAAUUUUGAAAAAAUUUUAAUCACAGCGUCGAGUCAAUUACGUUUACCGCGAUUCCCUUAAAACACACAUUUUUACGGCUUAGCUAAACCUAACGAUUAUAGCGAUAAAACGAUGAAUGAUAAAUCUCACUAUCGAUUAAUAAGGCACCCAGGAGCGAUUAAGUAUCGAUCACCUUUACGAGUUUGGGCCGAAUGCAGACCUGUCCCCCCAGUGCGGCUCAGUUCCUGGAAAACCAUGGCUCUGGCUUUCGGAUCUUCGUAGUCGGUUUGGAUCCAUCCGGGGGGCCAUCGCCUGCAUUCCACCCAACCCGCCCCCUGAGCCACUUCCGGUCACGGAGGCGCGCUUCCGGCGUGGGUAAUCAUGUUUUGGAUUGCACACACUAGCAAAAAUUACUGUUAACUACAGUGGACACUCCCCAAACAAACACACACACACACAUCGUAGACUGUCGCAGUUGGUGUCGAAGUGUCGCAAACCACGAUUUUCGAUUCGGGCAUUGCGGGAUCUCGGGCAUGCUGCCUUUACGCCCCAUAAGACGUGCCACCCAUUGGGCAACCGGAAUCCAAAAUCGUAACACCAAUCCACACCGCCUGCGGCAACUAAUGAAUUCUUCAGCUGCGGUCAAAAUACCAGGCGGUUGCUUAUAUCAAAAUUAAAUUAAAAAAUUUAAAAUUAAAUUAGUUAUGCUUUUAUAUUUGCUGAUUAUAAAGAGUACAAACCUUUAUGCAUUUGAUAAUUUUACUUUACAUUUAAAUAGCUUCUUUAAUUUUUAAAAUAUAUCUGUAGUACUUUAAAGGAGUUUUAAGAACUAUCUGUAUUGUCUGUAUUUUAAAGAAGUUAAAAGAAUUAUCUGAAUUGUUUGUUCAGUAACUUUCAUUUAUUUAUUAUUUAAUUUUAUUUUAACUUCUUUUCAUAAUUUUUAUAUUCUUAAGCAACCGCCGCAAUGGCGAUCGCAGCUGGAAAUCCAUAUGCAGUAGAGCAGAAUUGAGUAAGGAAUAUUUAGCAAUUGACAAUCUAGAGAUUUUAUAGCAAAUGAGCCGAGCAGAAGGCCGAUAAAGCGUUUGCUAUCCCCCCUAAACCAUUCACUAUGAACCGAAACUUAAGAAACGGAACACUGAAAACCCGAUAAUCAAUAAGAAAUUCAAAGUAAAAAACAAAACUUCGAAACAAUUUGGUUAGUUUUCGCAAUUUGCUAUAAAGAAAA